AAACGAGGCAUAUAUAAGUUGAGUUUCUGGUUUUCAGUCUUCCAUUUUCAGAGAGAGUGGUAGAACCCUAAGCCUAAGCAAUGGCUCCCAAGACACCUAAGGUGAGCAGGAACCCAAUUCUAGUUCGAGGAAUUGGUAAGUACUCGAGAUCUCAGAUGUACCACAAGCGGGGUCUGUGGGCUAUCAAGGCCAAGAAUGGCGGUGUUUUCCCCAAGCACGACCCCAAACCCAAGGCAGCUACUCCUGCUGAGAAGCCACCGAAGUUCUACCCGGCUGACGAUGUUAAGAAGCCUCUGCUUAACAAGCGCAAGCCUAAACCCACCAAACUCAGGGCCAGCAUUACUCCAGGAACUGUUUUGAUCAUUCUUGCUGGAAGGUUCAAGGGCAAGAGGGUUGUGUUCCUGAAGCAGCUUUCCUCUGGAUUGCUUUUGGUCACUGGUCCAUUUAAGAUCAAUGGUGUCCCUUUGAGGAGAGUGAACCAAUCUUAUGUCAUUGCAACUUCCUCCAAGGUUGACAUCUCUGGAGUUAAUGUUGAUAACUUUGAUGACAAAUACUUUGCCAAGCAAGUUGAGAAGAAGAAAAAGAAGGGAGAGGGUGAGUUUUUUGAGGGAGACAAAGAGGAAAAGAAUGUACUCCCACAAGAGAAAAAAGAUGAUCAGAAGACUGUGGAUGCACCAUUGAUUAAAUCGAUUGAGGGGGUCCCAGACCUGAAGGCUUAUUUAGGGGCUAGAUUUUCUCUUAAGGCAGGAAUGAAACCUCAUGAGCUUGUUUUUUAGAGGAAAAAAAGAAUUAGGAUUGUUCCCAUGAAUUUUUGCUUGAUUUUGUUUGAACCUUAUUUUAGCAGUUGUGCUGUUCUAUUUUUGGCAAUAGACCAGCUAUAUGAACCUGGAAUAUGGUGAUGUACUGUGCAAUGAAAAUUUUCUUUUUCCCAUUUC